GAUUCAAGAGCAGCAUUCAAAUGACAGCAAAGGGAUUUAUAAAUGGAAUAAGAUUUACAAUGAAAAGUACCACAAUCAUAGGUAUCCAUGCUCGACUGGGUGAUGUAGCAUCAGAGAAGAACUACAGAGCAGGCUACAGAAUACCUCCUGUACAAUACUUCAAGAAAGCCAUAUACUUUUACCAAAAACUUUUCACUGACAAUCCAGUAUUUGUCAUCUGUAGCAAUAACAUAACAUGGGUAAAAUCAGUUUUUAUGACCCAGUUGGUUCAGUCAAACUUUGUGCUAUGCCCAGAAGGGAAUUCAGGGGCAGAGGACUUGGCUAUUCUCUCACUCUGUGAACAUAUUAUAAUGUCCAUUGGGAGCUUUGGCUGGUGGGCCGGGUUUCUAGCAAGUGGGCAUGUUACAUAUUACGGCAACCACCCUGCGUAUGGCUCACCAUUGGCUUACCAUAUCUCACCAACUGACUUCUAUCCACCUGAAUGGGUAAACAUCACAGUAUUAUGAUGUAAUAAUGGUUACCAUAGUAAUCACCAACUGCAUGAUGAUAUAAUGGGGUUUUCAGUCAGCAGAUGAUGUAGUGUAACAUGUUUCUGACCUCAUAUCAUGAUUGGAUACAAGGCAUUAACAUGCAAAAUGUCACCACCAGCCAUUUGUUACAGAUGCCGAAUGCAGCCCACUGUUACAGAUGUCAACCAGCAAUCACCAAACACUGAACACUUGCCAAAAAAGUUGGAGACUAUAACAAUGUUUCACCAAUAAUUAAGUGGUGACAUAAUUGGUCAGACUAAAGAACUAUUUCUUAUCUAAGUGAAGAUGA